AUGGAGCAUGGGAUGUGGCUAUGUCUGAUGAUCGGCAACAGUCGCCUGCACUGGGCUCUGCUAGAGAGAGACGACGUCAUGGAAAUGUGGGACACCGGCCACCUACGGAAGGACGAUGGAAUUGAAGGCCCUACUGCUACUUCUGGGGCUGUUCAAGAAGGGAUACCUCUGUCACUCAUGUCUUCGAGGGUCGGCCAGACAGUUGACGAUGGCGUCCCUCCAACCGGUGACGGGGGCAACGCCUCAACGUGCUAUACUGCCGAUCCGAGGCGUUUCAAAGUUGCCUCUGUCGUUCCGGAGGAGUUAGAGCGUUGGCGCCGAAGAUGCCCAGGCAUCAGUCCGAUCUCCUCUACAGAUGCCCUUGCCGGAGUGCAAGAGUACCCGACGCUAGGUGUAGAUAGAGCCUUGGCCGUUAGGGGUGCUGCACGGAUGAGGGGAUGGCCUGUACUGGUUAUCGACUGCGGUAGCGCAUUGACAUUCACGGCUGCUGACGCAAGCGGGAGGCUGGCGGGAGGCGCAAUCUUACCCGGAGUACGGCUCCAGCUCGCUGUGCUGGGAUCUCGCACGGCGCAGCUACCUUCUGAUGUCGUCUUACCGGAUGAACUGCCCCUCAGGUGGGCGAUGGGGACGUCUGGCGGUAUCCAAGCAGGUGUGAUGUGGACCAUUGUUGCAGGCAUCCACAGCUUCAUCAAGGACCGGUGGAAAAUUGAUCCGGACGCGACGGUCAUCUUCACUGGUGGUGACGGCCAGGUCUUGCAUCGAGCUGUGGUAGACUUUUGGGAAGCGGAGGGACCAGACUUGGUUCGAGUUCGAAAUCGCCUGGAGUUCGUUCGGGAGGUUAUUCAUUGGGGAAUAGCUUCCCUUGAGCUAGGAAAGGGCUCUGAUAGUUAG